AUUUUGUGUAACGUAAGCAAAUGUACAAUUAGCAUUAACCAUUCGUUAAAAUGUAAGUUAAAGAAGAAAUAUGAAACAAAUUUAAAUUGUAAUGUUACUAUUAACGUGUCUGACGAAAUUGCUAUACAAAAUAAUUAUGCUGUGAUGUCUUCGCAUGCUGUGAGUUCGAAUAUAUUACAUAUUAUGUAUUCAUAUGUCUUCGUGGCUGUGAUUCUGGGGAUUAUAGGAAUCACAAUUGCAGUACCGGCGUUAUUACCUGAACCGGGCGAGAACGAAGUAUCUACAUAUGACUUUCCAUUCGUGAAUCGAUAUCAAUGGGGGGCGAGACAACCUAAAGAAAAGACAAUAUUGCAAACUCCAGUGCCAUACGUUGUCAUACACCACUCAUACAAGCCUGCUGCCUGCUAUGACGCAGUGCAAUGCAAGAAAGCCAUGCAGAGCAUGCAAAACUUCCACAUGGAUGACAGAGGAUGGUGGGAUAUAGGUUACAACUUUGCCGUGGGCAGUGACGGUACGGUGUACGAAGGCCGAGGCUGGACUGUGCUGGGUGCGCACUCGCUGCAUUUCAAUACUAUUAGCCUUGGCAUCUGCUUGAUCGGAGACUGGACAACCUCACUACCACCGAGUCAGCAAAUAAAAACGGCAAAGGCUUUGAUAGCUGCGGGCGUCGAACUCGGUUACAUCAAAACCAACUAUAAAUUAGUGGGUCACAGACAAGUCCGUGAUACUGAAUGUCCUGGAGAUGUAUUAUACAAUAACGUAAAGUCGUGGGAGCACCACGUCUCCUUCCCUGCCACCUACCUGGAUCUUGUGCAGGUGAGAGAACUCCCCAAGGAAAUAAAGGAUAAACUUAUACACGGGAAUAGUACUCAUAUAGAAGCGUAGUAUAUAGACAUAUAAAUAAUAUUUAUGUA